CUGGCCCGCCCAGCGGCGUCGCGGAGUACCGAGGCCGCGCUGGCUGCAGCCUCCUCGCCCCGGCGACUCCGACUCUGUGCACCAUCACCAUGAGAAGCAGAGGAGGACUCACCCUCCUCGGAGUCCUGUUCAUUCCGGUUGUCCUCUGCCACUCAGAGUUUGCCCUGCAGUGCUACAGCUGUGUUGAUCCUGCUUCCUUCUGCAACGAAACCACCCGCUGUCAUUUAGACUUGGAUGCGUGUGCCAUUGUUAAGGCUGGGCCACGAAUAUAUCACCAGUGCUGGAAGUAUAAGGAUUGCACUUUCGAAGAGUUUUCAAAAAGAUUAGGAGAGCCUGAGCUAACAUAUAGAUGCUGCCAGAAGAAGCUGUGUAACCGUGACUUCGAAAAACCAGUAAAAGAAAAAGGAGGGACGGUCACCUUAUCAGGGAAAACCAUACUGGUGGUGCCGCUGGUUCUGGUCACAUCCUGGAACUGUUUUCUCUGAUUCAACACCAGGAAGGAUUCUGCAGGCUGUCCCCUUCUCUAUCUUUCCCAUUUCCUGGCAGCUGCCCUCCAAAGCCUUUAUUCUUUUUCAACUGGAUCCUGCUGGGAAGGAAUAAAAUUGUCCAUCUGGAACAGUUUAGAUAAAAGAGAGGAACUCCAAGAGACUUGGAAGACUAGUCUUGUGCUCAGGGAAGGUGCACUUGACAGAGGUUUGAGUGACUCAUGUGCAACUCCGUAGUCACAUGCUCCUCCCUCUGCUCUUGGAGAACCAGCUGUGUGGGGAUAGUUUAUGUGGGUUCUAGCAACCCUUAGGCGUUUCCCUCUGGUUCUUUGGAUGUAGUUAAAUAGCAUGAGCAGUACUUUCAGGGGGCAGGGGGAUUCUUUUGAAGACUCCCCGUCACAGGAAAUGCUUCUGUAAACCUCAGAGCUCCUGUGUUGCCAUGUAGGCACACUGAAUAUUCUAGAUGUUGGCUGUCAGUAAGAAGCAAUGAGAUUUUUUUUUCUUUUUCUUUUUUCUUUUUUUUUAAUUUGUUAAGGAUCAAACCAGGGGCCUCUCGCAUGUUAGGCAAGUGCUCUACCAAUGAGCUACCACCCCGCUGCCAGAGCAACGAGGUCCUUAAUGCAGAAACUGCGGGAUCACAGCUCUGUUCUCAGCUAGAAGACAUAUGGCAGGGACCGGGUAAGGUUCCUAGAUGGCAGGGCGUACAAACACAGGAUUUGUCUUUAGAGAGAAUUGGGGGAUUUGAGGUUUUCCGUGUGUAUAAAUUUUGGUGGGCAUUGUUGUCUUUCACUAGAAAGAUUUAAUUGCCUUAAUGAGUAUUUAAGCUCUAUUCCCUCCUUUUUCACCCUGCUUGGAAAAGUGGGAUAUCUUGAUUUUGCCACAUGUAAUUUAAGAAUAAACGUUCUAUGCCACACCACA